AUGAGUAAAGGUUCCCUUGGACGGCCACGUCUAGAGGAGUCUGCUCGUAACGACCGAAGCCUCGUAUGGUACGCGACUCCCGGUAGAGUGCCACGGUUGGGACCGCGGCACGCGUGCAAAGCGGUAUGGGUCAGUGCAUCCGGCGACCAGACCUUUGUUCAGGUCUCGCAAUCGCUAAUCAAGACAGAUACGCUAUUUAGUGCCACUGUCACCGCCAACGGAAACUCUAUAAUUAUAUUACCAAACAGGCCAGAGCACACAUUCAAAUGCAUUACUAUAAAUAAAGCUGAUGGCUCAUGCAAUGCCUGGACUGGUUCCGAACAAGUAGACUUCGUGAAUUCACUAGCAUGUUUAGACCCUCUCUAUGAUGUUCUUUGGUGUUAUCAACCGCAGAUGAGAGUGAUGAAGUGCUACAAUAUUCUAGCAUUCGACUCUCAUAAGCUUCACAGAUGCUGUAAUAAUGAACCGGAGGCGUUCCCAUCAGAUACAGAAUUCGAAUACCCCAACUAUGGAUCUAUGAAGAGAUUGGAUGAGUUUAAGAAUUUACAAGUGUUAGAAACAACUAUAUUAUACGAUGAGAAACCACCUGAAAAUAUUGCUUUAUCGAAUAUGUCAGUUCUGAAUCAAGAGUUGGCGAUACCUUCCACUCCUGGUUGUUUUGUUACGAGGAUGCAUGCAGCUUUACACUUGCUUGGCUGUUUGGAUUCAUUGACUUACGCACAUGACACUAAGCUCAACCAAGUCGAAUGUAAGAGAGACAGUGCUUCGUCACCGGUAGCACCGGUUAAAGAGGACUACCUUACUGUAAACCGAUUUGACAAUCACGGAGGUGGUUGGGGUUAUUCUGGCCAUUCUGUAGAAGCGAUACGUUUCAUGUGCGACACAGAUAUCUUAUUAGGUGGUUUUGCCUUAUUUGGAGGGCGUGGUGAUUACACGGCGAAGAUAAAGUUGUUCGAUAUCGGAUGUGAGGGAGGGGAUCAAGAGGGCGAUGGGGAGUUGAUGGCCGAAAGCGAGGAGGCGAACAGAUGGUACGUCGCUUGGGCUUGCAUAAAUGGUCCUUCAUCAGACUGCGGCUCGUCUGGUCAAGCCAUGGUCAUCAAUGACGAUAUAGGAUUCCAUUUCAAAACAUCAAAGAAGUCCAACAAUGGCACUGACGUGAAUGCGGGCCAAAUACCGUGUCUGUUAUACAACCUCAUGAACCCCGAUCAUACCGUCCCCAUCAAACGUAUCGAACAAGGAGAUCCUGUUAUUGUGCUAUCUAGAAAUAUAUCCAGAAUGGUAACAGUGUCAUGCUUCCAUUCAUUGAUAACUUUACUACAGUGGAGUUGGUCUACGUUCAAAGAUAUAAUGUUAGAAACGAAUGGGCAAAUUCCAAUCAAUUAUCAAAAGCUAACAGUGAUGAAGCAUCAGAAGAGGUUGGUGUACGUGAUCCGAGCGUGCCUUAGACUCGUUAAAUCGUAUAUUAAUGAAAUUUAUCCUCAGAAUAAUAAGAAGCGGAAUUCUCAUGAAUACAUGUCCUACUUCGAAGCUAUAGCAGACGUAAGAAAUUUGAUCCAGCUUAUUAUGUCUGAUAAAACGCCAUCAUGCAACAUGCUCCCUCGAAGAGGAAAAAAUAAAACUCAUAGAGUAUGCUACGUACAGUUCGCUUUAGAAUUAACAAACGCUAUACUGAAAGAAGCUCAUGACACUAUAACAGCAUGUUUCCACGCGUUUUUCCCAACGCCUUCGCUUAAGUGGAAUCACUUGUGUUCUUUAUUGUUUCACGUCAAGGAUGGUAUUGUACCUGCGUCUCAAGUUAGAGAACUGACUUCUACAUGUGCGGCAUUGUGCGCAUCACGAAGUCUCCGCGAUGUAUUACAAUUUAUCGUGCCUGUCACACAAAGUGCAAUGAAUGAAUAUAGGAAACCAGAAACUAAAAUAACCAAAGAAGUAUCUUCCAAAUCGGCGACAGUGCCGCGAUCAUCGAGCAAACCACCACCAAUACCACCUAGAGCAAGCAACAAAGAAACACAGAAGGCUCCAGAUCCGACUGAAACAAAGUCAAGCCACACGGAAUGGCAUCUAUUAGACGUAAUCCCGAAAUUGUUAGACAUCGUCACUAUCCCGGUUAAAAAGCAAAUGAUGACGCGUCAGUGCGGCCAACCGCACGAUCACGGUGAGAUCAAGCAAGCUGAACGAUUGGCAGAGUACUGUUGCAAGCUGCUCUCCAGAAUAGUAGCCGAGCUAACUUACAGUGCAACUAAUGUAAGGGUAAGUGUUAUCAUUUUCGUGUUUUAAUGAUGAGGUUACUACAAAAUGCUAUAUUUAUCCAAUCUAUUUUAACCCUUAAUCUGUUGAUUAAAUUUGGGAUUAGAAACAGCAUUUAACCUGAUUAAGUAUGUAACGUUCUUUGUUAUUCUGUAUAGAUACGCGUCGAAUACAGCCGACGCACCGUUAGAGGUUCAAUCGAAUAACACACACUUAUUUUUUAUACGUUAAAGAUCUUGACGAAAUAAUGAUUCCAUAGCCGAGUGCCUGAUUUUAAGGGAUAGCCGACUCUGAAGUUCCAGCACGCGUAGUAUAAAGAACUCGAUAAACGCUUUGUCACUACAUAGUAAAUAUAAAACAAAGUCGCUUUCUCUGUCCCUAUAUAGGAAUAUAGGGUCAGAGCAUACAUAGGGAUGUAUGCUUAAAUUUUUAAAACUACGCAACGGAUUUUAAUGCGGUUUUUAUUCAUAGAUAGGGUGAUCCAAAGGAAAGUUUUUAUGUAUAAUACAAGACCACGCGGACGAAGUCGCUGGCGGAAAGCUAGUUUUCAAUAAAUGUUACUUUCUCGGGUCGAGAGUGAAAUAUCGUUUGGGAGCCCGAGAAAAGUAACAUUUAGGUGUAGACAAAACGUUCACGGGGUCAUCAUACUAGGCAUGCUUUAAUGUAAAAAAUAAAUUGUCUUUUAUCUCGGUUCUAUAUUAUGUGUUCUGA